UUUAUGAUCUCCACCUCCCUUCCCAAUAACUCAACCCUACGCCUGUUUCCGGCCCUCUCCUUCGCCGGCGCCGAUUUCCACCUUCCCUGAGUUUUCUUCCACUCGCCCAUGCAUUUCCGUUCAUAGUGUUCUACUUCUUUACACACAUUUAGGGUUUUUGUUUUCAAACCCAACGGUUUCUUUGAGUUGGCAAACAAAAUCCCAACUCCAAUUUCACUACUCUUUUUUCACGGUUCUCGUUCGUCAUGACGGUGGCUGACUGGAAACAGUAUACGCAAUCAGUGUUUUUCGGUCUCAUUUGUUCUUUUCUUCUUGCGAAGCUCUUCUCGGCGAUGUUUUCUUUCGGAGAUGAAAAUCUACGGAUAACUCGGGAUAACCCUAAGGAGGGAAUAACAUCCGAAUCAGGAUGGAAAUCAGCGGAAGAAGUUAAAAGAACAGAUAGGAAAGACAUUGGUAGUAGUAGCGAAAAAGAGCUGUUGGUUGAUGAAGAAAAGAGAGUUGCAGCAACUAGUAGUGAUAGCAGCGAUGAUGAUUGGGAAGGUGUAGAGACUACGGAAUUAGACGAGGCGUUUAGUGCUGCCACCGCAUUUGUGGCGGCAACCGCCGCCGAUCGGUCGUCGCAGAAGGUUUCCAAUGAUUUGCAGUUACAGCUUUAUGGGUUAUAUAAGAUUGCAACCGAGGGUCCUUGUGGUGUUCCUCAGCCUUCUGCGAUUAAGAUGACUGCUCGAGCUAAGUGGAAUGCAUGGCAUAAACUGGGUGCUAUGUCUCCAGAAGAAGCAAUGCAGAAGUAUAUUGAAAUUAUUACAGAACUAUACCCUACUUGGGCUGAUGGUUCGACUUCUAAAAGAAGAGGUGUAAACUACAGUAAUGAUGCACCACCAAUGGGACCUGUAUUCAGCACCUUUAUGCACGAGGAGUCUGGAAAUGAGUUGAAAUUGGAUGCUAUACAUGCCUUUGCGAGGGAGGGCGAUACGGAGAACUUGCUCAAAUGUGUUCAUGGUGGUGUUUCCGUUGAUACUAAAGAUAGCGAGGGUCGAACAGCUUUGCAUUGGGCUGUUGAUCGUGGCCAUAUUGAUGUUGCAGAAUUUCUAUUGGACAUGAAUGCUGAUGUAGAUUUAAAGGACAAUGAAGGUAAAACAGCAUUGCAUUAUGCUGCUGUUUGUGAGAGAGAAGCAAUUGGUGAGUUACUGGUGAAGAGAAAUGCUGGAAGAGGUAUAAAAGAUGAUGAUGGGAACUACCCUUGUGAUCUGUCUGAAUCAAACUGGCCCUGGAUCCAACCCCACCUAACCACCUGAUCUCUUCUUAUUCAUCUGUACAAACUACAUAUUUCCCACAAGUCAUUUAAACAUAAACAUCUACCCUUAGCAUAGUUCUUGAAAUGUGAAGUUGAACACAA